AUGGAUCCAUUGAUUAAACCCGAUAGGCACAUAUUUGAUGCGGCUAAUAAGGCGGACUCCUACCGAGUAAUAAGGGGCCGUGUGAAUGGUUUAAAGAAAGCUCUGGAUGCACGAUUGGUGCCGUACUUGGAGCAAGCCGGUUUUGGGACAGCAGCAUUGAUCCAGACCUCCGACUUGCGCUAUGAUUUAUUAUCUGCGCUAGUGGAGCGGUGGCACCCGGAGACCUACACUUUUCAUUUUCUGUGUGGGGAGUGCACGGUGACCUUGGAAGAUGUUACAAUACGGCUUGGGCUCCUAAUUGACGGGAGGCCCGUAACGGGAGUAUCUUCAUUUACCGAUCCGGCUGUACUUUGUUAUCAACUCCUAGGAGACUGGCCAGGGGACGACGAGUCAAAUUUUACGGGCUUAAAAUUUACAUGGCUAAAACCCAAAUUUGGACAAUUAUCAGCGACUGCCACUGAAUGUGAGUUGAUGUGUUCUGUUCGAGUGUACAUCAUGCAUAUCCUAGGGGGAGUACUCAUGCCCGAUGCAAACAACAACAAGGUGCAUUUGAUGUACUUGCCCCUAUUAGCUGAUUUGUCCAGUGUUCGCUCGUAUAGCUGGGGCUCCACCGUUCUAGCAGUGUUGUAUUGGGAGCUUUGCUGGACGACAAACCCGGAUGUUGUAGACAUGGGCGGAUGCCUCACAUUGCUGCAGUCCUGGGCGCUCUAUCGGAUGCCAUUUUUGGCAUCAGUUAGUCACCAACCGUGGAGUGUUCGUCCAGGUAUCGAAAGGUCGCACACUGUCCCGAUAUACCGACUCAUGCUGGAACAGCAUGCCCCGGAAGGGUUUAUAUGGAUGCCAUACAGUAGGCCAGAAAUUACAAAUGUGAUACCCUCGUCGACAUACGUUCAUUCCAACAUAUGGUGCACUAACGCACCAAUUAUAAAUUUUAAUGUAGUCGAGUGGUAUCACGGAGAUCGGGUGCUCCGACAGUUUGACUGCAUCCAACAUAUCCCGGAUUACCCAUGCGAGAUGGGAGAGGUUCACGGCAUGAGUAAGAGAGGAAAACCGCAUUUGGAUUGGGGCAUUAAGCACCGAAAAUUUGUGGCGCUGUGGAACGAUCGAAUGCGUCGAAGACCUCAAAUGGUUAUGGCUUCCGAAUUGCAAUCAUCAUUAGAGUAUAUACAAUGGUACUAUAGUUGCGGGAAGCCAUAUAUACUUGGAGGUCAGUCGACUGUAGUCCCCCCGCAUAUGCAGCAACUUGGGGGAUCGGACCCAGCGGUCCCGAUGGAUCCGGAUCCUGUGGCAUAUUAUUCUCUGGAACCAGAGCUCGAGCAGGAGCCCCAGCUAGAUCCCGAACAAUCAGAGUCACAUAGGGAUUCACAUAGCUAUCGUCUGGAUUUGGCGGGCGGUAACUAUUUUCCGAGCUUCUCAGAGGGCGAAUACGCCUACGAGUUUGAACUCUUUGGAUCCUACCGACCGCAGUACGGCAUGCCCGGCCCGUCUGACCCAUAUCCGUAG